CACGCGUCUACUGGAGUGCAUCGCGGCGUGGACCCAGCGUUUCGCGCGGCUCAGCACGCUGGGAGUGCACAGCGUCUUACCUCGCGUAGUGGACUUCGCAACUUCGCUUCCGCAAAACCACACCGCGGGUCUACUGCUCUUCGUGACAAUGGGGCCUUUGGAGCGUCUCCUUUAUGGCACGACGCGUAUGCGCUACCUUGAGCUCGAUUUAGAUCUCGAGCCGUCGCAGCAGCCGGCAGGAACGCCACAGUCCGGGCCAGGAUCAGAGCGUCCUCGAGUCGGAGUCCGUGCGGUCUUGGCCCCAGUCGCUGCACGUGGGGCAGGCACUGUUGUAGGAGGAGGUGACACGAUGCCUGGAGGAAACGGUCGAGUGGUCUACUCAGCUGACGAUGUGGCGCAACUGCGGGAAAACGACAUUUUCCACAGUCUAGUCGGGGCGGCGCGCGGGAAGCUGACAGUGUCCGGGUUCAACAAGGACAUGGCAAACUUCGAGCUCCACCGACGGCUGAGUACACCUAGCAAUCUGAGCUUUAACACCGAGGUCGACCUCGUUCUGAACCGCAUUCGGAACGUGUUCUCUCAUCGGGCCAACGUUGAGUCCGGCGGACACCAGGUUCCUCUGGAGGGAGAGGGAUACCUCGGCGGCGCGCCGGGGCCGCGGUGCAGUCUGCUCGAGCAGACUUUGCCGCAUUGCUCCGUGAGCGCGCGUGCCCGAUCGCGGUCCUUGUUGCAUGCGAUGAGCGCCUCCGGAGUGGACCUCGUGUGGCAGCCGAACGUGAACGAGAAGGUCGAGGACGAAGGCGGACGUCGUACGCAGAGGGACGUGGCGUACACCAAAGCGGUGCUUGAGGAAGACAACCGGUUCUCCGAGUUGAAUGUCAUGGACGUCGCAGAGUUGGCUUUCUUGUUGGUCACGAAGCUGUCCCUCAGCAGCAACGCACUGGUCCACGUGCUUAGCGCUGCGAGUCUGACGAAGCUGUACCGCGACGCCCAUGUGCGGUGGCUGCGCGCGCUUCUGCGCGUUUCGGCCGACCUGCUGCAGGAG